GCCUUGCUAUUCACACCUUGGCCGUCUCACAACACCAGCGAGGCCCCAGAUCAGACCUGUCUGAGACCGUGUCUAUGUCGCACGUCGCUAAGAUUGUAUAGGUGCCAGAGUAAUGCGACAUGUGUCUCUCAUGAUCUCCCAUGAAUUUGUACCUUUUGCCAUUAUGACCAUGGCCCGCGUAUACACGGCAAACAAUCCUCUGUAAUCACUCACCGAGAUGGCUGAGACUGGGGCUACUUUGCCCUUGAAGCCUGCACAUCUUCGCCUACAGUCUUGUAUUUAUCGUCUGGUACUCCGCUACACUCCUAUAGUGUUUGGGUUUGCAUCUCACAUGCCUCUCGCUCGUUCUUUGCUUUCCUUUGACCUUUGAGCUUUACCAUCAAAGCAAUCUAAUAUUCGGCCAGCCGACCUUCGCUUUCAUUCAUUUGCAGCUGGUCUGAUAUAUUAAUUUAACUGUUUCUUCUAUUCGUUGCCGUCUCGAAAAUUCUUAGCCAUAAUGAAGUCUAUACUCCCAAGCGGCGCCGUUGCGCUUCUCAUUGCUCUUCCAUUGACUCUUGCUGCACCUACUGAUGACUAUGCAUCUCCACCUGGUACGCGUCUUGAAUAUUACCACCCUCCACCACCGCCGCCUCCCCCUGUCUAUUACUAUGUCACCGAGGUAGUGCAUGAUACCGUCACUGAGCAAUCUCCUCCAGAGACGAUACACGAGACCGUCAUUCAGACCGAGAUCCAACAUGUAGUUGAGACAAAAGUCCAGCAUAUGGUUGAGACACAAGUGCAACACAUGGUCGAGACACAAAUGGUCCCAGAGACCAUCGUCCAAACCGAACUGCAACAUGUCGUCGAAACUCAGAUCCAACACAUCGUCGAGACGCAGCUAGUGCCGGAAACCAUCGUACAGACUGAAGUAAUGCACGUAGUCGAGACUCAAGUCCAACACGUGGUGGAAACCCAGGUCGUCCCGCAAACCAUCGUCCAGACCGAAGUCAUGCACCAGACAGUUGUGGAAACCGCGCCCCCUCAGAUUAUCCAUAAAACUGAGAUCAUCCCUGAAACUAUCCUGGAGACUAAAAUCCACGUGCAAACGGAGAAGGUUCCUGAAUUCAUCGAGAAGACGAUUGUUCAGACUGAGCUGCAAGUGCAGACACAGGUGCAAACCGAGUUGCAAGUCCAGACCGAGGUCCAGACCGAAGUUCAGAAGCAAACUGAGGUCAAGACUGAAAUUCAAAAACAGACAGAGAUUCAGCUCUCCGUUGAAACCGAUGUCAAGACAGAAGUACACGUCCAGACCGAGCUCCAAGUCUCAACUGAGCUGCAGGUAGAAGUUCAAAUUCAGACCGAUGUCAAAACUCAGCAAGAGACCAUCGUGGCCACCGAGGUUCAACAGCAGACCGUGACCGCCGUCGAAACAGAGCUUCAGCAGGAGACUAUCCAUGUUGUACAGACCGAAGUGCAGCAGCAAACAGUUGAGGUUACGGAUGUUGAACAGCAGACAGUCCAUGUCAUUCAGACUGAGAUCUCAAUUCAACAGCAGACGGUCACCGAUAUCCAGCAGCAAACCAUUACCGUCGAGGACCAAGCGACUGAAGUGAUUGUACAAACUGAACUACAGCAGCAUACCAUUACGGUCGAAGAUCAAGCGACCGAGACCAUCCAGGUCGUGCAAACUGAAGUCCAGCAACAUACAAUCACCGUUGAGGACCAAGCGACAGAGAUAGUGCAUGUAGUACAGACUGAGGUUCAACAGCAGACUAUCAAAGUUACAGAUGUGCAGCAACAUACUCUCGUUCAGACCGAGGUUCAACAGCAAAUUGUGACUGAUCUUCAACAACAGACUGUCACGGUCGAGGACCAAGCCACGGAAAUUGUCAAAGUUAUCCAGACGGAGGUUCAGCAACAUACCGUUACAGUGGAAGACCAGGCCACUGAGACCAUUGAAGUUGUUCAGACUGAGCAACUUGUCUCCACACAACUGAUGGAGCACACUGUCCAACAAACCAUUGUGAUGGAACACACUGUCUUGGUAACCUCCGUUGAGGAACUGCAAGUGACUGUCACGCAAGAGGGCUCCCCUUACGUCUCAACCCAGUCAAUCACUCACGUCGUGACUGUCACUGAGGCCGGCGCACCCGAAGCCACGGCAAAUCUUCAGUCCGGUCCCCCAUUAUCCUUCGAACUCGCUCCUUCCUCCGCCGCAAUCGUGAACGCCGAAUCCACCGUCGCAUACGCUCCAGUCCCUGUCCCAACCCAAGCAAUGCACAACUCUUGUGACUGCAAGUGCAUGUGUCCACCCGGCCAAUUCGCAUACCCAGCGCCCGUACCCCCUGUCAUCGCGAGCCACUAUUCGCAAAUGCUGCCCCCGCCACCAGCUUCGACGCUGCUCACUGUGCAUAGUCCGCCUUCGUCGGCACCGUAUAUGUUUGUAAAUUCUUCUAUGCCGGUGGUGUCUGUCGGGUCUUCUCUUGUGCCACCGAUGGUUCACGAGACCAUGAUGAAGUCCAGUAUACCUAUGAUGAUGCAUACGCUGUCUACCCCAGCGGACUCGGCUGUCUAUACACCUUCAGCAGUCGUCGAGUCCUCUGUCAAGAGCCCAUCCAUGGCACUGGAAACACCCUCUUCAAUCAUGGUGGAGUCUGCCAAAGAGACUCCCUCAGCAGUCAAGGAGCCCGCCAUGGAAUCCAAGCCCUCGGUCAUGUCGCCUGCGACAAGCGAGAAAGCCCCCUCGCCAACGGGCGCUCCUCCUGCUGACGCUGGCGAGCAGAAUGCGCCUUAUAUGAUCAACGGACAUUCCAUCAACUUCGAAACCAUAGGGUUGCAGAGCGCCGUGACGGUGAAGCUGGGAGGUCGGGACGCGGAGCCAACUGGGAUUCUGGUUGGGAAAACUGGGGUGGUAUGA